GAGCUGCGAGCCUCUGGAGCACAAAGUUGUGGAGUCGCCUCUCCUCGGAGGAGGGGAGCAGGCAGCCCGGCGGGCCGCGGGCUUUCUCCCGCCGAGGGGCGAGGAGGGGCCUGUGGCUUCCAAAGACGAUUGGGGAAACUCGGGGAUAGGCGCCCCCCUGCUUCGCGUCGUUUCUGCACACGGAAAACUGGAGCAUUUGGCAAACUUGGUGCCUGCGCGCCUGCUCCAGGUUUGCGCCUGAACUGUUUUGUUUUUGUUUUUGGCGGAACUACCAGGCAGGAAGAUUGCACAAGCCAGGGGCGUUUCCAAUUGGGUCUUAAAAAAAAAUUUUUUUUUUUUUUUUGUCUUUCGGAUCUGGUGUGGUUCUCCACGUUUCAUUAAGAAAAAAAGAACCGCGCCCCCCAAACUUAUCCUUGCGCACACCCCCGCGGUGGCUCCGACCCAAACACGCCCCAAGGAGCCCCGGGCCGGCUCGGGACGCGGUGGAGGCGGCGGCCCGCGCGCACCAGGUUCUGAUGUCAAGCUGGACUGUUAGAGAAAGUUGGGAGUCUUAACAAGAGGACUUGGAUUACUCUGAAACUCAGCCACGAUGGCCAAGUAUGGGGAGCAUGAAGCCAGGCCAGACGAUGGGCAGAAUGAAUUCAGUGAUAUCAUUAAAUCCAGAUCUGAUGAGCACAAUGACGUACAGAAGAAAACCUUCACCAAAUGGAUAAAUGCUCGCUUUUCAAAGAGUGGGAAGCCACCCAUCAGUGAUAUGUUCACAGACCUGAAAGAUGGAAGGAAGCUGCUGGAUCUCUUAGAAGGCCUCACAGGAACAUCCCAGCCAAAGGAACGUGGCUCCACGAGGGUGCAUGCCUUAAAUAAUGUCAACAGAGUGCUGCAGGUUUUGCACCAGAACAAUGUGGAAUUAGUGAACAUAGGAGGAACGGACAUCGUGGAUGGGAAUCACAAGCUGACACUGGGGUUACUCUGGAGCAUUAUUUUGCACUGGCAGGUCAAAGACGUCAUGAAGGCUGUCAUGUUGGACCUGCAGCAGACCAACAGCGAGAAGAUCCUGCUGAGCUGGGUGCGUCAGACCACCAGGCCCUACAGCUCCGUCAAUGUCCUCAACUUUACCACCAGCUGGACAGAUGGACUUGCCUUUAAUGCUGUGCUCCACCGACACAAACCUGAUCUCUUCAGCUGGGACAAAGUUGUCAAAAUGUCUCCAAUUGAGAGGCUGGAACAUGCCUUCAGCAAGGCUCAGACUUACUUGGGUAUUGAAAAGCUGUUAGAUCCUGAAGAUGUUGCUGUUCAGCUUCCUGACAAGAAGUCCAUAAUUAUGUAUUUAACAUCGUUGUUUGAAGUGCUGCCUCAGCAAGUCACUAUAGAUGCUAUCCGUGAGGUAGAGACCCUCCCAAGGAAGUAUAAGAAAGAAUGUGAAGAAGAAGAAAUUAAUAUACAGGUACAGAGCACAGCGGCAGAGGAGGAGCAGGAGGGUCCCCGGGCCGAAACCCCCAGCACUGUCACCGAGGUGGAUAUGGAUCUGGACAGUUACCAGAUAGCACUGGAGGAAGUUCUGACCUGGCUGCUUUCUGCCGAGGACACCUUCCAGGAGCAGGAUGAGAUUUCUGACGACGUUGAAGAAGUUAAAGACCAGUUUGCAACUCAUGAAGCCUUUAUGAUGGAGCUGACUGCACACCAGAGCAGCGUGGGGAGUGUCCUGCAGGCGGGUAACCAGCUCAUCACACAGGGGACUCUGUCUGAUGAAGAGGAGUUUGAGAUUCAGGAACAAAUGACUCUGCUGAAUGCUAGGUGGGAGGCUCUGAGGGUGGAGAGCAUGGACAGACAGUCCCGGCUGCAUGACGUGCUGAUGGCACUACAGCGGCAGCAGCUGCAGCAGCUCUCGGCCUGGCUAACCCUCACUGAAGAACGCAUCCAGAAGAUGGAAACCUGCCCCCUGGACGAUGACUUAAAAUCCUUGCAGAAGCUGCUAGAAGAACACAAAAGUUUGCAAAAUGAUCUAGAGGCUGAACAGGUGAAGGUAAAUUCAUUAACUCACAUGGUGGUGAUUGUUGAUGAAAACAGUGGCGAGAGUGCUACAGCUGUUCUGGAGGAGCAAUUACAGAAGCUUGGGGAGCGCUGGACAGCGGUGUGCCGUUGGACUGAAGAGCGAUGGAAUAGGUUACAAGAAAUCAAUAUGUUGUGGCAGGAGUUGUUGGAAGAACAGUGUUUGUUUAAAGCGUGGCUAACUGAAAAAGAAGAGGCUUUAAAUAAAGUUCAGACAAGCAACUUCAAGGACCAAAAGGAACUAAGUGUUAGUGUUCGACGUCUUGCUAUUUUGAAGGAAGACAUGGAAAUGAAGCGUCAAACCUUGGAUCAGCUGAGUGAGAUUGGCCAGGAUGUGGGUCAGUUACUUGAUAACCCCAAGGCAUCUAAGAAGAUCAAUGGUGACUCAGAGGAACUGACUCAGAGAUGGGAUUCUUUGGUUCAGAGACUAGAAGAUUCCUCCAACCAGGUGACUCAGGCUGUGGCAAAGCUGGGGAUGUCCCAGAUCGCACAGCAGGAUCUUCUGGAGACCGUGCGUGUCAGAGAACAAGUGAUCACAAAGAAGUCCAAGCAGGAGCUGCCUCCCCCGCCACCCCCAAAGAAGAGACAGAUCCACGUGGAUACUGAAGCCAAGAAAAAGUUUGAUGCUAUAAGCGCAGAGCUGUUCAACUGGAUCUUGAAAUCAAAGACUGCCAUUCAGACCACAGAGAUAAAAGAGUAUAAGAAGAUGCAAGAGACUUCAGAAAUGAAAAAGAAGUUAAAGGGAUUAGAAAAAGAACAGACAGAAAGGAGACCCCGACUGGAUGAAUUAAACCAAACUGGACAAAUCCUUGUUGAACAAAUGGGAAAAGAAGGUUUUCCGACUGAAGAAAUAAAACAUGUGCUGGAGAAGGUUUCCUCUGAAUGGAAGAAUCUCUCUCAGCAUUUGGAAGACCUGGCCAGAAAGAUUCAGCUACAGGAAGAUAUCAAUGCUUAUUUUAAUCAACUCGAUGAGCUUGAAAAGAUCAUAAAGAUGAAGGAGGAGUGGUUGAAACAUACGCCCUUUGCUGAGACGCCCCAGCAGUCCUUGCCAAGCUUGAAGGAGUCCUGUCAGCGGGAACAGACAGAUCUCCUCGGCCUCCACCCUAAAAUUGACCUGGCACGUGCCAGCUGCUCAGCCCUGGAGUCGCGACUUCCUGCCCCUGAGUUUGUCCAGCAGGGCUUUGAUAGCCUUUUGGGCCACUACCAGGCUGUGCAACAGGAUUUCGAGGACCAUCAACAACAGCUAGAAAAUAAACUUAGGAAUCAACCUGCUCGUGAAUACCUGGAAACAUUGAAAAUACUGAAAGAUACACUAAAUGAUUCAGAAGAUAAGGCCCAGCAGUCUUUGAAUGUCCUUAAUGAUCUUUCCAAGGUGGAGAAGGCUCUGCAAGAAAAAAAGCAUCUUGAUGAAAUCCUUGAGAAUCAAAAACCUACAUUACAUAAACUGGCGGAAGAAACCAAGACUUUGCAGAAAAACGUCCCUCCUGAUUUAGAAAAGGCAUAUAAGCAAGAAUUCGAUGAUGUCCAAGGGAAGUGGAACAAAUUAAAGGCAAAAGUUUCCAAAGACCUGCAUCUGCUUGAAGAAAUUACCCCCAAACUCAGAACAUUUGAGGCUGAUUCGAAAGUGAUUGAGAAGUGGAGGGAUGGUGUGAAAGACUUCUUAAGGACAGAGCAGGCUGCCCAAGGAGAUGCUGAAGGUCUACAGAGGCAGCUGGACCAAUGCUCUACAUUUGUUAAUGAAAUAGACACAAUUGAAACCUCACUGAAAAACAUGAAAGAAGUAGAGACUAAUCUUCGAAGCUGCCCCAUUGCUUCAAUCAAAACUUGGGUGCAUUCAAGACUAGCUGACUACCAAAGCCAGCUGGAGAAAUUUAGCAAGGAGAUUGCUGUUCAAAAACACAGGUUGUCUGAAAGUCAGGAGAAAGCUGUGAACCUGAAGAAAGACUUGGCCGAGAUGCAGGAGUGGAUGGCGCAGGCCGAGGAAGAGUACCUGGAGAGGGAUUUUGAAUACAGGUCCCCAGAAGAACUUGAGAGUGCAGUGGAAGAAAUGAAGAGGGCAAAAGAGGAUGUGUUGCAGAAGGAGGUGAGAGUGAAGAUUCUCAAGGACAACAUCAAGCUGCUAGCUGCCAAAGCGCCCUCUGGUGGCCAGGACCUGACAUCGGAGCUGAAUGUCGUGUUGGAGAAUUACCAACUUCUUUGCAACAGGAUUCGAGGAAAGUGCCAUACCCUGGAGGAAGUCUGGUCCUGCUGGAUCGAACUGCUUCACUAUUUGGACCUCGAGACCACCUGGCUCAGCACUUUGGAAGAGCGAAUGAAGAGCACAGAGGUCCUGCCCGAGAGGACAGAUGCAGUGAGCGAGGCCCUGGAGUCUCUGGAAUCUGUUUUGCGCCACCCAGCAGAUAAUCGCACUCAGAUUCGGGAACUUGGCCAAACUCUGAUUGAUGGGGGGAUCCUCGAUGAUAUAAUCAGUGAGAAGCUGGAGGCGUUCAAUAGCCGAUAUGAAGAUCUAAGUCACCAGGCAGAGAACAAGCAGAUUUCUUUGGAAAAGCAGCUCCAGGUCCUGCGGGAAACUGAGCACCUGCUGCAAGUCCUGCAGGAGAGCCUGGGGGAGCUGGAUAAGCAGCUCACCACCUACUUGACUGACAGGGUAGACGCUUUCCAGGUUCCACAGGAAGCUCAGAAAAUCCAAGCAGAGAUUUCAGCCCAUGAGCUCACGUUAGAGGAGUUGAAAAGGAAUCUACGCUCUCAGGCCCCACCUUCUCCCGAAGGCAGGCUGGGCAGGGGAGGAAAUCAGAUGGACGUGCUGCAGAGGAAGCUGCGAGAGGUCUCCACGAAGUUCCAGCUCUUCCAGAAGCCGGCUAACUUUGAGCAGCGCAUGCUUGACUGCAAGCGAGUGCUGGAUGGUGUGAAGGCAGAGCUGCACGUUCUGGAUGUAAAGGCUGUGGAGCCUGACGUCAUACAGACCCACCUGGACCAGUGCAUGAAAUUGUAUAAAACUUUGAGUGAAGUCAAACUUGAAGUGGAGACUGUCAUCAAAACUGGAAGACACAUUGUCCAGAAGCAGCAAACAGAUAACCCCAAAGGGAUGGACGAGCAACUGACUUCCCUGAAGGUCCUCUACAAUGACCUGGGUGCUCAGGUGACAGAAGGAAAGCAGGACCUGGAAAGAGCAUCGCAGUUGGCCAGGAAGAUGAAGAAGGAGGCUGCUUCGCUCUCCGAGUGGCUUUCUGCUACUGAAGCAGAAUUGGUACAGAAGUCCACUUCAGAAGGUUUGCUUGGUGACUUGGAUGCAGAAAUUUCCUGGGCUAAAAAUGUUCUGAAGGAUCUGGAAAAGAGAAAAGCUGACUUAAAUGUCAUCACAGAGAGUAGCGCUGCCCUCCAGAACUUGAUUGUGGGAAGUGAACCUUUGCUAGAAGAGAGGCUCUGUGUACUCAAUGCUGGGUGGAGCCGGGUGCGCACCUGGACCGAGGAUUGGUGCAACACCUUGCUGAGCCAUCAGAACCAGCUGGAAAUAUUUGAUGGAAAUGUUGCUCACAUAAGUACCUGGCUUUAUCAAGCAGAAGCUCUGUUGGAUGAGAUUGAAAAAAAACCAGCGAGUAAACGGGAAGAAAUCGUGAAGCGUUUGAUAUCUGAGCUGGAUGAUGCCAACCUCCAGGUUGAAAAUGUCCGUGACCAAGCCAUUAUUUUGAUGAAUGCCCGUGGCAGUGCAAGCAGAGAGCUUGUGGAACCAAAGUUAACUGAACUGAACAGAAACUUUGACAAAGUGUCUCAACACAUCAAAAGUGCUAACUUACUAAUUGGUCAGGAGCCCUUAUCAUACCAGUGUUUGGUUACCACUGAUGCAUUUGAAGCCAGUGUACCUUACUCCGACUUGGAAAAAUUAGAAAAUGAUGUAGAAAAUAUGUUAAAAGUUGUGGACAAACACUUGGAAUCCAGUGAUGACAGUGAAAAGAUGGAUGAAGAGAGGGCCCUGAUCGAGGAUGUUCUACAAAGAGGGGAACAAAUGUUACCUCAGCCUAUGGAGGACAGUAAAAAAGAAAAGAUUCGUUUGCAGUUGCUACUUCUGCACACAAGAUACAACAAAGUGAAGGCCAUGCCUAUUCAACAGAGAAAAACAGGCCAACUUGCUUCUGGAAUUUCAUCCUCACCACUCCCCACAGAUUAUCUGGUUGAAAUUAACAAAAUUUUACUUUCCAUGGAAGAUGUUGAUUUAUCACUUAAUAUUCCAGAGCUCCACAACCCUGUGUAUGAAGACUUCUCUUUCCAGGAAGAUUCUCUGAAGAACAUCAAAGACCAACUGGACAAACUUGGAGAACAGAUUGCAGUCGUUCAUGAAAAGCAGCCAGAUGUUAUCCUUGAAGCCUCUGGACCUGAAGCCAUUCAGAUCAGGGAUACACUUACGCAGCUGAAUGCAAAAUGGGACAGAAUUAACAGAAUGUACAAUGACCGUAAAGGCUGUUUGGAUAGGGCUGUGGAAGAAUGGCGACAGUUUCAUUGUGACCUUAAUGACCUUACUCAGUGGGUCACAGAAGCGGAGGAGUUGCUGGUUGAUACCUGUGCUCCUGAUGGCAGCCUGGACUUAGAGAAAGCCCGGAUGCAUCAGCAGGAACUCGAAGAGGACAUCGACAGCCACCAGCCCAGGAUGGCAGUGCUAAACCGAACUGGGGACGGGAUUGCCCAGAAACUCUCCCCGGCCGAUGGAAGCUUCUUGAAAGACAAAUUGGCAGGCAUAAACCAACGCUGGAACACAGUUGUUGGAGAAGUGAGGGACAGACAGCAGAGAUUAAAAGGAGAAAGUAAGCAGGUGAUAGAAUACAGGAAAAGGCUAGAUGAACUUGGCUGUUGGCUAAGAAAGGCUGAGAAUGCUGUGCAAAAGACAUCAACUGCUGAGCUGGAAGCAAACCUGCAAGAAUUAACAGACUUAACCCAAGAGAUAGAAGUACAAGCUGAAAAGCUCAAAUUGCUGAAUAGAACUGAAUUGGAAAUGCUUUCAGAUAAAAGUCUGAGUUUACAUGAAAGAGAUAAAAUUUCGGAAAGCUUAAGAAGUGUAAAUAUGAUGUGGAAUAAGAUAUGCAGAGAAUUGCCUACUACCCUGAAGGAACGCAUCCAAGAGCCCUGUUCUGUUUCACAGACAAAGAUUGCUGCACAUCCUAGUGUCCAAAAGGUGGUGCUAGUUUCAUCUGCAUCAGAUGUUCCUCUUCAGUCUCAUCGUACUUCCGACAUUUCAGUUCCUGCUGAUCUGGAUAAAACCAUAACAGAACUAGCCGACUGGCUGAUGUUGAUCGACCAGAUGCUGAAGUCCAACAUCGUCACAGUCGGGGAUGUCACAGAGAUCAAUAAGACCGUUUCUCGAAUGAAAAUCACAAAGGCUGACUUAGAGCAGCGCCAUCCUCAGCUCGAUUAUGUUUUUACAUUGGCACAGAAUUUAAAAAAUAAAGCCUCCAGUUCGGAUGUGAGAACAGCAAUCACAGAAAAAUUGGAGAAGGUGCAGAACCAGUGGGACAGCACGCAGCAUGGUGUGGAGCUGAGACAGCAGCAGCUUGAAGACAUGGCUGUUGACAGCCUCCGCUGGGACGACCACAGAGAGGAGACUGAGGAGCUGAUGAGAAAGUGUGAGGCCCGAUUCUACAUGCUCCAGCAAGCCCGGCGGGACCCCCUUGUCAAGCAGAUUUCUGAUAAUCAAAUAUUGCUUCAAGAGUUGGGUCCUGGUGAUGGUGUUGUCAUGGCAUUCGAUCAUGUCCUGCAGAAGCUGCUGGAGGAAUACAGUAGUGAUGACACAAGGAAUGUGAAAGAAACCACUGAGUACUUAAAAACAUCCUGGAUCAAUCUAAAACAAAGUGUUGCUGACAGACAGAGCGCCUUGGAGGCUGAGCUGAGGACAGUGCAGGCCUCUCGCCGAGACUUGGAGAACUUCUUGAAGUGGAUCCAAGAGGCAGAAGCCACGGUGAAUGUGCUUGCGGAUGCCUCUCAGCGAGAGGAUGCUCUUCAGGACAGUAUCCUGGCCACAGAGCUCAAACAGCAGAUGCAGGACAUCCAGGCGGAAAUUGAUGCCCACAAUGACAUAUUUAAAAGCAUUGAUGGAAAUAGGCAGAAGAUUGUAAAAGCUCUGGGGAACUCUGAAGAGGCUGCUAUGCUUCAGCAUCGUCUGGAUGACAUGAACCAAAGAUGGAACGACUUAAAAGCAAAGUCUGCCAGCAUCAGGGCCCAUUUGGAGGCCAGUGCAGAGAAAUGGAACAGGUUGCUGACAUCGUUAGAGGAACUGAUCAAAUGGCUGAACAUGAAAGAUGAAGAACUUAAAAAACAGAUGCCAAUUGGAGGGGAUGUUCCAGCCUUACAGCUCCAGUACGACCAUUGUAAAGCACUGAGACGUGAGUUAAAGGAGAAGGAAUAUUCUGUCCUGAAUGCUGUAGACCAAGCUCGAGUUUUCCUGGCUGAUCAGCCAAUUGAGGCCCCUGAAGAACCAAGAAGAAAUCUACAAUCAAAAACAGAAUUGACUCCUGAGGAGAGAGCCCAAAAGAUUGCCAAAGCCAUGCGUAAACAGUCGUCUGAAGUCAAAGAGAAGUGGGAAAGUCUAAACGCUAUUACUAGCAAUUGGCAAAAGCAAGUAGACAAGGCGUUGGAGAAGCUCAGAGACCUGCAGGGAGCGAUGGACGACCUGGAUGCCGACAUGAAGGAGGCAGAGGCCGUGAGGAAUGGCUGGAAGCCCGUGGGAGACUUGCUCAUUGACUCGCUGCAGGAUCACAUCGAAAAAACCACGGCAUUUAGAGAAGAAAUCGCACCAAUCAACUUAAAAGUGAAAACAGUGAAUGAUUUAUCCAGUCAGCUGUCACCACUUGACCUACAUCCCUCUAUAAAGAUGUCUCGCCAGCUCGAUGACCUUAACAUGCGAUGGAAGCUUUUACAGGUUUCUGUGGAUGAUCGCCUUAAACAGCUUCAGGAAGCCCAUAGGGAUUUUGGACCAUCCUCUCAGCAUUUUCUCUCUACUUCAGUCCAGCUGCCGUGGCAAAGAUCCAUUUCCCAUAAUAAAGUGCCCUAUUACAUCAACCAUCAAACACAGACAACCUGUUGGGAUCAUCCUAAAAUGACCGAGCUCUUUCAAUCCCUUGCUGACCUGAAUAAUGUACGAUUCUCUGCCUACCGUACAGCAAUCAAAAUACGAAGACUACAGAAAGCACUAUGUUUGGAUCUCUUAGAGUUGAAUACAACAAAUGAAGUUUUCAAACAGCACAAGCUGAACCAAAAUGAUCAGCUCCUUAGUGUCCCAGAUGUCAUCAACUGUCUGACAACAACAUAUGAUGGACUUGAGCAAAUGCAUAAGGACCUGGUCAACGUGCCACUCUGUGUGGAUAUGUGCCUCAACUGGUUGCUCAAUGUAUAUGACACGGGUCGAACUGGAAAAAUUAGAGUGCAGAGUCUGAAGAUUGGAUUGAUGUCUCUCUCCAAAGGUCUCUUAGAAGAAAAAUACAGAUAUCUCUUUAAGGAGGUGGCAGGGCCCACAGAGAUGUGUGACCAGAGGCAGCUCGGCCUCUUACUUCACGACGCCAUCCAGAUCCCUCGGCAGCUCGGAGAAGUGGCAGCCUUUGGAGGCAGUAACAUCGAGCCCAGCGUCCGCAGCUGCUUCCAACAGAAUAACAACAAGCCAGAGAUCAGUGUGAAAGAGUUCAUAGAUUGGAUGCGUUUGGAACCACAGUCCAUGGUGUGGCUGCCGGUUCUGCAUAGAGUGGCAGCAGCCGAGACUGCAAAACACCAGGCCAAAUGCAACAUCUGUAAAGAAUGUCCCAUUGUUGGAUUCAGGUAUAGAAGUCUAAAGCAUUUUAACUAUGAUGUUUGCCAGAGUUGCUUCUUCUCGGGUCGAACAGCAAAAGGUCACAAAUUACAUUAUCCAAUGGUGGAAUAUUGUAUACCUACAACAUCUGGGGAAGAUGUGCGAGACUUCACAAAGGUGCUGAAGAAUAAGUUCAGGUCAAAGAAGUACUUUGCUAAGCACCCUCGACUUGGCUACCUGCCUGUCCAGACAGUUCUUGAAGGUGACAACUUAGAGACUCCUAUCACACUCAUCAGUAUGUGGCCAGAGCAUUAUGACCCCUCACAGUCUCCUCAGCUGUUUCAUGAUGACACCCAUUCAAGAAUAGAACAAUAUGCCACACGACUGGCCCAAAUGGAAAGGACUAACGGGUCGUUCCUCACUGAUAGCAGCUCUACCACAGGAAGUGUGGAGGACGAGCAUGCCCUCAUCCAGCAGUACUGCCAGACACUCGGAGGCGAGUCCCCAGUGAGCCAGCCGCAGAGCCCAGCCCAGAUCCUGAAGUCGGUGGAAAGGGAAGAGCGUGGUGAACUGGAGCGGAUCAUCGCUGACCUGGAGGAAGAGCAAAGAAAUCUCCAGGUGGAAUAUGAGCAGCUGAAGGGGCAGCACCUGAGGAGGGGGCUCCCUGUCGGUUCCCCUCCAGACUCCAUUGUAUCUCCUCAUCACACAUCUGAAGACUCAGAACUGAUAGCAGAGGCAAAACUCCUCAGGCAGCACAAAGGGCGGCUGGAGGCCAGGAUGCAGAUUCUAGAAGACCACAAUAAACAGCUGGAGUCUCAGCUCCACCGCCUGCGACAGCUGCUGGAACAGCCUGAAUCCGAUUCCCGGAUCAAUGGUGUCUCCCCCUGGGCUUCGCCUCAACAUUCUGCACUGAGCUAUGCUCUGGACCCGGACCCUGGCCCACAAUUCCCCCAAGCAGCAGCAGAGGACCUGCUGGCUCCCCCGCAUGAAACCAGCACGGACCUCACGGAGGUCAUGGAGCAAAUCAACAGUACAUUUCCACCUUGCUGCCCAAAUGUCCCCAGCAGGCCACAGGCAAUGUGAAGUAUUUAUCCAGCCAACAACAUUUCCUGACUUCCAGUAUCGCCGUUUUCAGCAAACGCCAAUUCCAAGUUCCAUUUAAUCAGAAGCUCCGUGGCUCCUUGACACAUGCUGUUGAGUGCUGACUGUGUGUUCUACUGAAGGAGUAAAACACUGACUAUCCAAAGAGAAAAGGAUAUUUUGUUUUUAUAAUAACCAUAUAUUAUUGUUUUCUUCUUCCCUUUCUAUGCAACUGUAAAUUACUGAACAGAGAGGUAUUUGGAAAUGGAAAUACAUUUGUCACUGAUUUGUAUAAUGUAUACAGCAUUGGGAAGGUGGGUGGGGGCUUUCUACUAUGAUACUGUCUUUUUAAUAACAAAAAAUUGCAUAUGAAUUAGAAGACCACCUUACAUUUUUACAUUCCUUCUGCUAUUCAUGUUCACCUUGUAUAAUAACUUGGUUUAUUGCUUUUACUCUCCUACUAUUAUAUUUUGGUUAUUUAUCAUUCAUCAGCCACAUGACCAAGUAGAUUCCAUGUAUUUUUCCAUGAUUUUGCCAAAUUAAUAAGUUCAUAUAUUUCAAUUCAAUAUUAUAUAUAUAUAUAUGUGGAAUAGGCUACGGCUGUGUUUAUGCUGUUUAAGUUUAUUUGACAUCAUAUACUUACUUCUUUAGUGACCACACAGAUAACCACAAUCAAAAUCCUGUGGGCCUCUAUGGUAUUUCUAUUGGGAUUUUUUUUUCCCUGCAUUUUAUUCCUUUAGAUAGAUAGGUCUUGAUUUCUUUAUUUAUUUCAUGUCCCAAUCUAUAUGGUAGAGAAGCCUGUAUUAUCAUUAUAAUAAUCUCAAAGAUUGUUGUGCCAAAGUUUGCCCAUUGAAGCAUAUUUUUGUUUUGACACAGAAACAAAAGUUGGUACCACCUUUCCUAGUUUCCAGGUCUUGAUUCCAUCAUUAAAUAUACAGUAGACCUUUACCUGUUGUCAUACUAGAUCAUACCAUUUUCUGUAAUUCUUUUUGAAGAUAAUUUAUUGGUAUUUUUGAGGAAAGGGAAUGUGGUUGUUUUCAGGUCCGUUAUAAUUGUUGAAACUCCUAUUUUCUUUCUGAAAGCAGACACAGAUUUAGUGCAUGUCUCAUUUUUCCUUCUAAGUGGACAAACAGAUAUGCUGUGACCCUUCUCUUGAUCAAUCAUUUGGGAAGGUUAUUUAGCAAAAGCCUAUGUCACUGCUCCUACUGAAGAAUAAAGUUCAUGCUUUGAUGGUGGUACUCCUGCCUGUACCUUUGAAGGCAUUCAGUUAGGUAUUGAGUCAGCUUUUGAUUUCAUGUGUAAUUGAUUUAGUUUAAACCUAUUACUUAACUACCAAGUGUAGAGAAACCAAAAACAAGAGUGAAACUAAUGUAUUUUGAUUCAAGUGUAUGUGCUUUUAAAGCAUCAGGAUAUUUAAACUUUGGGUUCUCUUAACUGGGAUCUGGCCAGAAGGAGGCUUAAAGUUAGAAAUUGAUAUUCUUUUAGAAUAGGUUGGGUGGGUUGGGGGGCACGGGUGUCUAUUUGCAGCAUAGAUAUUUUGAGAAGAAGAAAAUUGUUUUAUAUAAGAGGAAAGCCAUGGCCACCUUUCUACCUCAGAUCCAUCUUCCUCCAUUGUGUUGGAAAUAGCUUUAUGCCGUUGCAGUCUGCGAAGUCUAGAGCUCUCAUCAGACCAUAUCAGACCCAAGAAAGCACCUAUUUAAAAAAACAAAUUCCCUUAACUCUGAACUCCAAGUUGUAGAUUUGGUGUCUUCCUUGUUAUUACUUGGGAAAGUCACGUAUCAAUUUUUUUCUGCCUGUAUUUGUAUGCAAAAUGUUCUGUAUCAGCUGUUAUGGAAAAUCUACAUAAAACACUACAUUGUAACCUUCUAAGUAAUAAUAAAUAAAAAGAAAUAUAUUGCAGUAACAACCACAAGAAA